UCGACUAAGGAUAUAGUCAUUCCGUCUCUGUGAGCCGAUGUAAACACAUCAAAAAUAAAACAAAAAAAUUCCAAUGACAAACACCUUUUGGAAGUAAAUUGUUUUUGUUGUGGACACGAGUCGUUUUUUCCUAUACUACACCUUCCCUUAAGUCCUUACACCAACUGAAAUCAACGGCUCCAAGAUGUGCUGCAAUCCCGGAGGCUGCUGCAACCUGCCCACCUGCAUCCAGUGCACCAACUUCUGUUUCAACUGCUGGACUGGAACUGCCGCAGUGCCAUGUUGCCGUCGUAGUUGCAUUCCGUGUUGCCGUGGAAGUCCUUGUUGCUGUUGAUUGACACCAAAAUUUCUGUGACCAUAAAACAAAUAAAUUCCAAAAUAAUCUCCUAACUCAAAAA